GGUAGUAAAUAGGAAAAAUGGCGAGUAAGAGGGCACUUUGCCUGAUAAAAGAUGUAAAUAAAUUGCAAUUUGUUAUUAAUAAAUCACCUUUGAGUGUGAUAAGUCGUGGAUAUGGUUCUCAUGUUCCUCCUGUUACAGAAACGCACACUGGCCAGAAAUUUGAAGAAAACGACUAUCGUUUGGCGAGAUUCGUUGACAAAGAUGGCAAAGAGGUUAAUCCAAACUGGGCAAUAAAAUUAAUCGAAGAAACACCACCUACUCGUACAGAGGAUCGAGUUGUGGCUUGCGAUGGUGGCGGCGGUCCUCUUGGACAUCCGAAAGUUUAUAUAAAUUUGGAUAAACCUGGAAAUCAUAGCUGUGGUUACUGUGGACUCCGAUUUUAUAAAGAAGAUCAUCAUCAUUGAUAAAUCUGUACGGAUUUUACAGAUUUUGUAGUUUGACUGUUGUGUAAUAUAAAAUUGAAAGUCUCUUCAAGAAUAAUUUACUCCUUAAUUAAAUAAAAAAAUAUAUCAUGCGUUUCGAGAUCAAAAU